AUGAAAUUAACAUUUUCACUUUUGAACCUUGUUAUAAUAAAUGCAAAUGUGAUUGUAGAAUCUAAGGGUUCCAUUCAGUCUUUCUUAAUAAAAAAGAUAAAUCAUCAAAUAGUUUUAUUAUAUCAUAAAAGAAAUAAACUAUGUUUUAUUUUAAAAAAUAAAAAAGGAAAAUUUUGUAAAUAUAAGGGUAAAAAAUGUAAAGCAAAAAAAAACAAAAUUCUCAAGGGGGAGGAUGUUAAUAAUCCUUGUGUUCAUCCCAGAUUAAGGUUUGCCCCAAGUCCAACUGGAUUUUUACAUAUAGGAGGAUGUAGAACUUUUUUAUAUAAUUACAUUUUAGCUAAACAAUUAAACGGAUCACUAAUUCUCCGAAUGGAAGACACAGAUGCGAGCAGAAACACACAGAGUUCAUUCUAUGAAAUAAUUAAAGACUUAAGAUGGCUAAAUUUAAGCUGGGAUGAAGGCCCAGAUAUUGGAGGGGCAUACGGACCGUACAAGCAGUCGGAGAAAAUUGAACUUUACAAAAAAAUAGCCCAUGAUUUGAUUGAAGAAGGAAAAGCCUAUUUUUGCUUUUGUUCGAAAGAAGAACUAAAUGAAAAGAAGGAGAUGGCCAAAAGGACAAGAACAAAGUAUGCGUAUGAUAGAACAUGCCGAAACUUGAUUAAUCAGAAGGUUCAGGAAUUUAUCUUAGAAAAAAAGUCAUACACUAUACGAUUCAAAUCUCCAAUUGGCAGAAAAAUUAUAUUGAAGGACAUAUUAAAAAAUGAAAUUGUGGAUACAGUGAACGAGGAUUUUAUUAUACUUAGAAGUGAUUAUUCACCCACAUAUAAUUUUGCAGCAUCAGUGGAUGAUUAUUUAAUGAAGAUAUCUCAUGUUAUAAGGGGUGUAGAGCACAUCUCAAACACAUUUAAACAAAUUUUAGUUCUGGAGGCUCUGAAUGCUCAAAUCCCCAUGUAUGCUCACGUCCCUGUGUUAACAACUGUGGAAAAAAAAAAAAUUAGUAAACGGAACAAUGAGUGUUUAAUACGGAAUUUAAGAGAUGAAGGUUUUAAUCCAGAUUGCAUAAUUAAUUAUAUAGGAACCCUUGGAUGGGGUAGUGCCUCUAGAAGGGAAUUUUACACCCUGGAUGAACUAAUAGGCACGUUUGAUUUACACGCACUUAACAAAUCUGCACUUGUAUUUGACAUAAAAAAGUUAAAAUGGAUGAAUAAAAAAUACAUGUUGAAUCAAGACUUGGAAACUUAUGUAAAACGAGCACAGGAGUUUUUAAUUGGCAAACAAGUGUUAAUAAAAGGGGGAAUGGAAUUUAUAAAACUUUGUAUUAGUUCCUUUAAAGACGAUGUACAUAAUUAUGAGGAGCUGAAAGAGUAUAUAAUAGGAGUGAUUUCAUAUGACCAUUUGAAUCAUCAGUUAGAUAAAAAUAAUGAACUUUUAAAAAAGAUAACUGUAUUUUUAUGUAAUUUAUGGGAUGAAAAUAAGAAUAGUAAGAAAUGCUUUGAAACUUUCAUGGCAGAAAAUUUCGAUGAAUUAAUACAAGGUCUUAUGAAAGAUAUCAACAUAAGGAAAAAUGAAAUUUUAUUAAAAGUCCGUUAUUUAUUAACCUUUCAAAAUAAGGGUGUUCCAUUUGUACAUCUGUUUAAAUUAUGGGCAUUAGCAACAAAAAAUAAAGUUCCAAAUUAUGUUCCUUUAAAGGAUAGGAUUCAAUACUUGAGAGGUGUAUUUGGUGUAUGA